CUGGUCUGAAAAGCCAAAAGAAUGGAAGUUCCAAAAGACAAGACAAACCUGGCUUCUCUUGCACAUGUAUGAUAAAGAGAAGGUUCCAGACAAGUAUUUCACCAUUUUGCUGGAUUAUCUGCAAGGGCUUCAGGGUGGUGCGCGAGACAUAACGGUGCAGAAAGCUGAAGCUUUUAUGAAGGAAUUUGAUGGUUCUGAUGCAGAAGACCCAAACGUGCUGGAGAAGUGUGAGCGCAUACGACAAGUUCUGCAACUGCUGUCCUGA